AUGCGCGUCAGGCGGGUCAAACUGCGCCGCGAGCUCUCCACAAACAGCUUCCGGGGCAGCGUGUACAUUGAGUUCGCGGAGGCCGCCUCUGCACAUGCCGCGGUCAGCAACCCCCCGCAGCAGCCCCACACCAGCAGCGCCUCACCUGCCGGCGUGCCCCAGAAUUUCCAUGUCAUGAUGAAAGCCGACUAUGAGCGCAAGCGCGCCAAUGCGUCCAGCUCCGGCGGCGGCGGCAAGAGCGGCACUGGCUCCGCGCACAAACGUGCACGGCAUCGCAGCGAAGGCCCUUCCUCGUCCUCGCAGCGGCAUCCGCCGCCGCAUCCGCCGCUACCGCCACUUUUUGGGGACCAGUUCGGCCCGGUGGCAGUCGUGUCAGCCAGCACCGAACAACAUCAACAUCACCACCACAAUCACAGUCACCAGCAGCAGCAGGAAAUCCAGCACUUGCGGCAGGUCGUUGAGGAGCGUGAGUUAACUGUACGGAACCUGGAGGAGUCCUUGCGGAAGGAAAGGGAAGAGAACCAGCGGCUUUAUCAGCGGUUAGAAGAGGCGCAGGGACGCGCGCAGGAAGCGACCACACGAGAGGCGGCAGCGAACCAAAAGGCGCUCGCACGCGACGUGGAGAUCGGGUCCUUGAAGGGCGAGAUUUCCAUGUUGCGGACUCAGGUUGUGCGUGGCUCAGCACAGCUCGAGCGACAGAGUGCGGCACAUAAGGCCCGCGUAUCAGAGCUCGAAGCCUCUCUGCAGCGCCUGAAGGACUCGCUAAUGGAGAAGGAGCGGGAGGAGCGAGAGCUGCGGAAAGCCGCCGCAGCCGCCGCAGCCGCCACCAGUCGAGGCGGCGAGAACGGUGGCGAUGGCGGCGGAAGCGAAGGCGGAAGGAGAGUCCGGGCUUCCGGCAACGACGGAAAAGGAGUUGCGCCUCUGGUCCACGUGUGGGGGUCCAUGGCGUGCCGUGGCGAGACGCAUAUGCCGGGUGGCGCGAGGACGGAGGUAUGUCUCUUUGGAAGGAUACAGCUCCCAGCGUUCCAUUCCACUUGCUGGUCCAUUUAG